GUGAGGCCUAGGAAACUGCAAAGCUGCUUGGCGGAUGUGGUGACGGACCACUCCGCAAUAGCAGUGAUCUUCGCCUCGUCCAUGUUGAGAUCCUGGUCAGACAUAUAGUGUCCUAAGAAAUUCACUUUGUACUAGGCAAAGCGGCACUUGUUCAACUUGGCGUAGAAGCCAUGUCUGCGCAAGCGGUCAAGGACGUCACGGAGAUGUCUAAGAUGCUCCUCAAGGGUACGACUGGUACGACUGUAGACCAGGAUAUCAUUCAGGUAGACGAGAACGUACUGCUUCAGGAUGUCCCUGAAGAUGUCGUUCAUCGCCCUCUGGAAGAUAGCGGGUGCGUUGGUGAGGCCGAAGGGCAUCACUGUAAACUCGUAAUGGCCGAAGCGCGAUCGAAACGAUGUCUUCGGCUGGUCCGCUGCAGCGACGUGGAUCUGAUGGUAACCGCUACGAAAAUCAAUCUUCGUAAAGAAGCGGUUGUCUGCUUGGCGGUCGAAAAGCUCAUCGGAAUGAGGCAUGGGGUAGCUGUUCUUAACCGUGUAGCGGUUGAGACCACGAUAGUCGAUGUAGAGACGGGGAGUUCCAUUCGCUUUGCGAGCAAAGAGGACGGGUGCACCCCACGGGGAAUUGCUGGGUUUAAUGAAACCCAGUCUCAAGAACUUCUCAAGCUGAUGCUUGAGCUCGGUGGCCUCUGGGAUCGAGAGUCUAUAGGGUGUCUGGUGGUGAACACGAUAGUCAGGCACAAGCUGGAUGGAGUGCUCGACGUCGUGCAUCAGUGGGAUGCCGGCGUACGAGAACGACGAAGGGAAAACGUCAUGGUACUCUCGAAUGAGGUCACGAACUGCGGGCUCCAGGUCAGCCGUAUAUCGUGCGAGUUCCUCAACGUCAGCGUCGGCGUGUGACGACGGGGUGGAAUCGAUGGAUGGCGGGGGGUGGGAAAUAGAGAUGGGAGCCAUGAAGAUAGAAGGAGGAUCUGGCUCCAGAGGGAUGAGCUCGGCGUCGGGACAGGGUGGAUCAUAGUGUAAGAGAUCCGUUUGGUUCACUAUAAAGAAUGUGUCGUCGUCCUGUCGGAUGAAGUGGGCGAACUGCCGAGGCGAGGUGAUAGUGAUAGAAGGAGAUGGAGUGGACACGGAAGGUUCCGGGGGAGGAGGAUCGGGGCGUGGUGUCGCAGUGGUACCUAUGAAAGGUACGCGAUACGUCUGUCCAUACUUCGUUUUGAGAACGAGAGUGUUGGUCGCCCAAUCGACCUCGGUGUUGCGGAACCGACGAGACCACGGAGUACCGAGAAUAAAAUCGUACCCCGUCU